CACAACGUUCAACAACGGCGCGGUGGGUCACGUGACAGCAUCUGCUGCUGGCUGAGCGAAGCGUGUUAGCAGAUUUUUCUAUUUUGUACAUACAUUGUUUUGUAUAUACUGUAUAUGAUGACUUCAGUGGUCAGCAACCAAUCCCGAGGGACUCGGGACAAAACGCUGCCCACUACCACACAAACAACACAACCACAGAAACAGAUACAGGCCACAGCAGAACAGAUUCGUUUAGCCCAGAUGAUCUACGACAAAAAUGAUGCAGACUUUGAAGACAAGGUCAAACAGCUGAUUGAGGUUACUGGGAAGACUCAAGAUGAGUGCAUGGUAGCCCUCCAUGACUGCAACGAAGAUGUAAACAGAGCCAUCAAUUUCCUGCUGGAGAGCACCUCUGACACAAACUCCUGGGAAACUGUGGGGAAGAAGCGGAGCCUUGGGAAAGAAGGAGGACCCUCAGAGAUAAAAGAUAACAGAGAGAAGAAAGGACAAGAGAGGGAGGCCAGUCGUGGACGUGGGGGGUCUAACCGGAGGGGCAGAGGCAUCAGCCGAGGGCGUGAAGGCCGGGUAGAGGAGAAUGGGUUUGAGGUGGCUCCGGGAGAGAGACGGGGUGACCCAGGACGCAGAGGACGGGGCAGAGGGGCAGGAGGUCGUGGAAGAGGAAGAGCAGCUGCUGGAAACAGAUUCUCCUCCCAGGGAAUGGGCACCUUCAAUCCUGCUGACUACACCGCUAACUCUGGAACUCGGCAGGAGACGUGGGAAGGAGAUGGCAAUGAACCUGCUGAAGAAACUGGAACUUGGGGAGGCAAUGUUGAAGACUGGACUUCAGAAGAUUGGAAUGAGGAUUUGUCUGAGACAAAGGUAUUCACUGCCUCUUCUGCUCCAGUGAAUCACAUCACACCCGGACACAAUGUGGACUUGGCUACCCUGCUACCCAAGGCUGGAAUGAGUUCUAUGGACUCUGAUUUGGGGGCAAUCGUUGACGGCCCCUCAGCUGAGGAUUUGGGCCAGAGCCUGGUGUUUACCAAUUCCCACCACAAUGGACGCACUGCAACACACAGCUAUGCACACGCUACAGCCAACAGCUAUGCCCACGCCGCCUCUGCUGGAACCACCUACGCACAUGCUGCUCUGUCCUCAGUUCUGGGCUCUGGUUUUGGGUCCCUUAAUGCACCUAAACCGACACCUGCCUCUGACGUGAGGACUUCAGAACAGCUCAACGGCCCUCGGCUUGGUCAGAGAGUCAAUCAGACGUUGGCCACACCCAGCAACAAUGUUUCCAAAGAUGUAGGGCCACCUCCAAUGCAGAACCCUGCUCCUGCCUCCUCCCCCUCUGUGGAAAUCAAGCCUCAGAGGGUCGAGAAUGGUCCUGUUACUGCCCAACACUUGGAGAUGAAGCUUCAGCCAGAGCCUUCAGCGGUGCUAAGCCAACUAGCUCAGAGGCAACAGCAAUCCUCCAUCCUUCCCACCACAGAACCUCUGAGCCUGACUCAGUCACAUGCGCCACAGGUUCCCACACCACCAGGUCACGAGUCCUCAAUCCCUCCAGUGAGAGACGGACCUUCUCCUGGAGUCAAGCUGUCCGGCAUGGAGCCUCCAAUCACAGAAGCACCUCAGAGGCAACUUAAGACCCAAAGACGCAGAGUACCUCCUCCUUCAAAGAUUCCGUCGUCAGCAGUGGAGAUGCCAGGUUCUGCAGAUAUCCCUGGUCUGAAUGUUCAGUUUGGAGCUCUUGACUUUGGGUCUGAGGCUGGUAGUGGGACAGGAGACAUGGCACAGACAGAGCCGGCCAGGGAGCAAGCCCCUGCUCAGGUUCCGGCUCCAGUAGCUCAGACAGCCCCAGCAGCUCCUGCACCCAUUUCUGUCCCCAGCACUGUUCCUACACAGCAGCCACAGAGCAGCCUCUUCUCCAAACCAGGAACUGUGAGUGACCACAUGAGCAGCAUACCCACCCUACCUCCAGCCGUAUCAGAUCCCAGCUUCCCCUCACCAUCCUUGGGCUUACCCAGUGCCACACCCUCCCCCUCACUGGGUCUUCCCAGUGCAGCCGCUCCACCCGCUUCCUCAGCUCCUACAACAGUAAACCGGGUUGAGAGCAGUGGCCCAAGGACCCUGCCACCCCAUCUGGGCUUUUCUCAGAGCAAAGAUGUCCCCCCUGCUGUUGCAUUGACGAAUGGCUACAGCGGCAUGAAGACACAAAGCACACAGGACACAUCGUCUCGAGCAGUAAAAACAGAGUCUCCUGUCAUGACAAGUGACAGUGGUCCCAGCCACCACAUCCCCUCUCCUGCGGUUACACCUUCCCACUCCACAGCGAUGCCGUCACUUAACAGUCACGUAACCAGUACACAUUCGUCUGGAUCAGCCCUGGCCACAAGCUCAUCCCUCACAAUCAGUAAUGAGGACAGCAGUAGCAGUGCCAACCUCCACACAUUUUCAUCGUCAUCAUCCAGCCAAGCUGUCAAUCCCAGUCCUUCAGCUCCCCAGGCUGUCAGCAGCUCAACCGCCAACGGUCUGCACCCGUCUGGAGCACCAGGACUAACUACCAAUGGCACAAACACCACAAUGUCAGCUGCAGGCAGCCGCACGGCUCCUCUGCUCACCACCACCUCAGGCAAAGCUCCUCCCAACUUGGCCCAAGGAGUGCCGCCUCUCCUUGCUAACCAGUACAUCAUGGGCCCUGGUGGCUUGCUUCCAGCAUACCCGCAGAUCUAUGGAUAUGAAGAUUUGCAAAUGCUGCAGUCUCGUCUUCCGAUGGACUAUUAUGGUGUAACAUUCCCUGGUACAACGGCCACUAUGCCUGGAAGAGAUGGCCUGGCUAAUAAUCCAUAUUCUGGCGAAGCAACAAAGUUUGGCAGGAAUGACUCCUCGUCUCCUGCUCCCCCUACCAGCCUGUCCACUGCCGGGGUUCAGUCGCAGCCUCAGCAGGCCCCACAGGCAGGAACACAGGGGCAGGGACAGGGACAGAGCCAGGGACAACAGACGCAGAACCAGGCCUUCCUGAACCCUCCUCUUCCUCCUGGCUAUGGAUACACAGGUCUGCCAUACUACGCUGGCGUGCCGGGGGUUCCCUCAGCCUUCCAGUACGGCCCCACCGUCUUUGUGCCUCCUGCUUCAGCCAAACAGCCCGCCAUGGGUCUGGCCAACCCCUCCAGUCAGUACCACCAACAGCAUCAGCCCAGUUAUGGACAGCAUGCUUACGGCACAGCCUUUGAUGACCUAUCUCAAGCCCACGGUGGGGAGUACAGUAAGGGAGGGUACGGAGGCUCUGCCCAGUCACAGGCCAAGUCAGCGGGCAGCGGCCCAGGGAAAGAUGAUGCUGCAGUCAAGAAUGUAUUGGAAAAAGCACCAGGACUAUCAGGGUCAGGUACUGGUGGAGGAGUCCCUGACAUGGGAGGUUCCAUCUACAGCAAAACUCAGUCAUUUGACAAGCAGGGCUUCCACACAGGGACGCCACCUCCCUUCAGCCUGCCUUCAGCACUGGGAGGAACAGGGCCCCUGAACCCUGGUGGGGCUCCUGGCUAUGCCCCUGCUCCGUUCCUGCACAUCCUGCCACCACACCAACAGCCCCACUCCCAGUUGCUGCAUCAUCACCUCACACAGGACGGACAGGGUGGACCCGGUCAGCGCAGUCAGUCCAGCAGCAUGCAGCAGAAGACCCAAGGCAGCAAGUCCAGCUAUGGCAGCUCCCCCUACUGGGCCAACUGAGGAAUGCUUCCCACCACCCCUUCCCCAAAAGGCUGUGUGUGCGUGUGUGCGUGUAAAGCUUAAACAGAAAAAAAAUCAGACACACUACCCUCACAAUGAGCAACCUUGGGCUUCCUGGCCCUGCUCCCCCCACCUCCACAAGUCCUCAUAAGUCUUUUGGGUUCUCUCUUCCCCCCCUUUUCAAAAAUUGGUUGUACAUGUAAGAUAUUUAUGUAUGUAUUUAUAUAUAUAUACUGUAUAUGUAAUAGUAGAACAUGAAAUGUGGUUGCUGCAUUUUAUUUUUUGAAGGACUUUUGUUUACUUUUUUCAAAACUGCAGGAAAAGAUGUUACAUUAAGAGACAGAGUGGGAUGAAUCUGAUGGUGAGAGAGUGAGUGACGAAGAGAAAUUGUCUAAAACUUCCUGUAAGAAACCAGAAAAAGGAAAUGGAGAGAGCUUUAGCACUGAUUGCAUAUGAGGACAUUUCAGAUGGGGGUGGGGUUUAUAAUAACUAACUGCAUCUGUUGUCUUUUUUUUUUUUCUUUUUUUUAUACAUAACUCCCUGAAUGACCAGGCUCGUCCCCAAAAUCUUCAUUUUGUAGACUCCCGUAUUUCCCUUCCUGCCUUUCUCCCUCCCCUCUGGAGGGCCGUCUGCUCUCCUUGUGUCAACACGUUUCCUCGACAGAAAGACCCGCCCAUCUGAAUUUUAUAUUUUAAUUUAAUUUUAACCAUGAUUUCCCUCGAAAUAAAAGUCCUGAGCAGUUGGAAAUAUUUAAUUCGA